UAUAAACGAUAUGUCGCCCAUCCUCAUCCUGUUGGCCGGACUUUGCCUUGUGCAUGGAAGAGAACUUCACAAAAGGCAGUCGUUCGAAUUCCCGGACGACAACGACAGCGACUGUAGCACGCCACAAAACGAACCAGGAUCCUGCAUCCUGUUGUCCGAAUGCCCCGCAUUGCAGAGUGUCCGGGACUAUACCUCCCUACAACGGUCAAUUUGCGGUUUCUCUCAGAAUAAUGCUCUGCUGUGCUGCCCUAAAGUACAACCUGAACCAGACCCGACGACACCAAGUCCGGUACCGACGCGCAGGACCAGACGACCUACUGCUAAAAAAACGCCACAAUCCCCUCGUCUCCAGCCUCCGGUUGCAAACAUCGAAGAAGGGCCACGAAUUGCUGGCUAUCCAGGGUUCCUUCCUGCAAACUGCGGCAAAAGCAAUGUCACGGGGGGCCGUAUCGUAGGAGGUCGCGAGUCUGUCCCUGGAUCGUGGCCGUGGAUGGUAGCCAUUUACAUUAAGAGUGGAGAUGUCAAUUCGGCAGCAUGCGGAGGAGCGCUUGUUACAUCACGCCACAUUGUCACGGCCGCUCAUUGUGUAGUUGCGGGGCGCAGAACACGCAACCUUCCCCCUUCGGUGUUUACUGCGCGCCUCGGAGACCACAACUUGGUCCGCAGCGACGACAAUGCUCAACCUGUCGAUGUCCAAGUUAUUGGUGUCGAAAGGCACGCAGACUACGAGCCCCGAACAUUUAAGAACGACAUCGCUGUCCUGACACUUGAGAAGCCAGUCACAUUCAACAAGUUUGUAAGACCCGUCUGCUUGCCGUUCGGAGAUGACCUCGGUAGUCGGAACCUUACUGGAUACCAUGGCUUCGUAGCUGGCUGGGGCGACACAGCUUUUAAUGGUGAUUACAGCGACGUCUUGAGAGAAGCCCAAAUUCGUAUCUGGGAUGAACCCAAGUGCAAGGAGGCAUUCAAGAAAGAAGUCCCGAUCUCAGAUGUUUACCUUUGUGCUGGAGACGGAGAAGGGCGCAAGGAUGCCUGCCGGGGCGACUCAGGAGGGCCCUUCGUCCUUCCGAACAAAGGUCGCUUCUACCUUAUAGGCGUGGUGUCUUUCGGCAAACGUUGCGCCACAGUUGGUUACCCUGGCGUCUAUACAAGGGUGACGAAGUUCAUGCCCUGGAUCCUGGAACGUAUUCAGUAGAGAGAGAGAGUGUGUGUGCGUGUGUGUGUGUGAGAGAGAGACAUUCAGUUCUCGAACGCCCAUUGAAA